GGGGAAAACCCCUCGCUUUGAUCCAAGAAAAUAUCGAAAUAGGCGGUAAAAAAACCCUUGACCUUUGACUUAUGGAAGAGAGUUGUUCACUUGUUCUCUGCUAUAUAAUAAUACUCAGAACAGACUCCUAGUUACCCGCUACUACCACCACUCCUGCAAGAGUCCUGCAACGAACAACAAGGACGCACCCUCUGCUUUCUUCUGCAAAAGAAACAAGGUCGAGGCUUUGGAAUUCAGAAAUGGAGUUAGCAUUUCACAAGGCGCAGCUCAACAGCCUUGUGCAGUCCAUGUUUGAUGCGGGAAUUUUGGACAGCCAAUUCUCACAGAUUCAGGCUCUGCAAGACGACGAGAAUCCUGCAUUCAUAGCUGAAGUAAUCUCCUCUUUCUGUCAUGAUGCCGAGAGGAUCAUCAUCGAGCUUAACAAGCACCUGUAUGCUUCUGAUCAGAGCCAUCAAAAUGUGGACUUCUCCAAAAUGGACGGUUGUCUUCACCAACUCAAAGGAAGCAGCUCCAGCAUUGGCGCAAAUCGAAUGAAGCUUGCUUGCUGCGACCUUCGUGAGGCUUCUGAUGAAAAGAACAAGAGCAGGAGCCUGCAGGCAUUGAACAUUGUCACUCGAGAAUAUUGCCGCCUCAGGGGUCAAUUCCAAACCUUUCUCCAGUUAGAGAGGAGGAUCCUGAUGAUCGAAGCAAGCCAGAAAUAGAGAGGUAGUUGGAGAACUCAGGAUCGCUUAUCAAGUUUCUAUGUACUUCUUAGUUUCCUGUGUUUGUAUUAGCUUUUCUUACCAGA